GGGUGUUGCCUGCGGUUCCGUGAAUACACAACCGCUACGGAAGCGUACGCCGCAUUGAAAGUGCGCGAAAAUAAAUGUUUUUCUUUGUCGCUAUGUACUUUAAAUCCUUGUUUCUGUAAUUUGUAUUUGUAUGGAUCAGCUGGGGGACUUGGAAAAGGGGUAUUAUUAAGAGGAUUUCAGCCGCACGUGAGAGCCGGUGACAAUAGCGCGCGCCAUAAAUCAUUAACACGUGCGCGUGCCUUUGAGAAUCACAGCAGCGAUGACGUCAGAGAAGCCGCCGUUGCCUGCGGAUGGCCAGCGGGACGAAGCUGAACCGGGUUUAGGGCUCGAGCCGGAGGUCACAAUGGAAACGGCCCGGGACGGCUGGGACAGCAAGGUGGAGUAUUUCCUCGCUCAGGUGGGAUUCAGUGUGGGAUUGGGAAACGUUUGGAGGUUCCCGUACCUCUGCCACCAGAACGGAGGAGGAGCGUUCAUCUUGCUGUAUGUGCUGUUGAUGGUGCUGGUCGGUGUGCCGUUGUUUUUUCUGGAGCUGGCGGCGGGUCAGAGCAUCAGACAGGGCAGCAUCGGCGUCUGGAGGCACAUUUCUCCAAAACUAGUUGGCAUUGGCUACUCCAGCUGUGUGGUGUGUUUCUUUGUAGCUCUGUAUUAUAACGUCAUAAUCGGUUGGAGUAUUUUUUAUUUGGGAAGUUCUUUCAAGUAUCCUCUACUGUGGGAAACCUGUCCAACAGAAGGGAACGGCACCGUGAAGGAAUGUGCCGCCAGCUCUCCCACAGCGUAUUUCUGGUACCGUAAAGCUCUGGAUAUCACCGAUUCCAUUGACGAAACCGGAGAGUUCAACCCCAUCAUCACUGGAUGUCUGCUGGCCGCUUGGGUCAUCGUCUGUCUGGCCAUGUAUAAGGGCAUCAAAUCGACCGGAAAGGUGAUGUAUUUCUCCUCCGUGUUUCCGUACGUGGUGCUGCUGUGUUUCCUGAUCAGAGGCGUGACACUGGACGGGGCGUCCGAGGGCAUUAAAUUCAUGUUUUACCCCAGGCUGGAGAUCUGGGCUGACGUUCAGGUGUGGCGUCAGGCGGCGACUCAGGUGUUCUUUGCUCUGGGUUUGGGUUUCGGUUCUGUGAUCGCGUACUCUUCCUACAACCCGCGGAACAACAACUGCCAUCGAGACGCGUUCACCGUGUCUGGAGUCAACUUAAUGACGUCCAUUCUGGCCACGCUAGUGGUGUUUGCCGUGCUGGGCUUCAGAGCCAAAACCAUCGCCACAGAGUGUGUUAAACGUAACAUGAAGGCCGCGUUUGAAGCGAUGUCCAGCACUCCUUUGCCUGACCUCCUCAUCAAUGCGUCAGAUGUGGAGAACAUGACAUUGAACGAGUAUGAGCACUGGUACAGGACUCGGGGCCAGCAGCUGAAUAUUUCCGGUUACAACAUCACCGCCUGCAGCCUGGAGGAGGAGCUGAAACAAGGUGUGGAGGGAACCGGUCUAGCGUUCAUAGCGUUCACUGAAGCCAUGACGUUGUUUCCUGGGAGUCCGUUCUGGUCGGCGCUGUUCUUUCUCAUGCUGCUCAAUCUGGGUUUGUCCACCAUGUUCGGCACCAUGGCAGGAAUACUGACCCCGCUGACGGACACCUUUAAGACCCUGUGUAACCACAAAUUCCUCUUUACAGCGUGCAGCUGUGCGGUGGGCUUUCUGAUCGGUCUCAUGUUCACUCAGCGCUGUGGAAACUAUUUUGUGGCUAUGUUUGAUGACUAUUCUGCCACACUUCCCCUCAUCAUCGUCGUCAUCUUCCAGACCUUCAGCGUGGCCUGGGUUUAUGGAGCGGACAGGUUUUUGGAGGACCUGAAGCUGAUGUUGGAUCGGCCGGUUCCUGUGGUGUACAAGUACAUGUGGAAGUACGUGUGUCCGGUUGCUAUGCUGGGGCUUUUGGGUGCCAGUCUGCUAAAGAUGGUCUUGGAGCGUCCCACAUACAUCGCCUGGAACAGAGAAAAGGCAUCUAAGGAAGAUCUACCUUAUCCAGGCUGGGCUCUUGCUGUCCUGAGCACGCUCAUCGUUGUCGCAUUUCUUCCUGUUCCUAUUGGAUUCAUACAUUCCCUCCUCCUGGAACGGCUCGGCCAGUCUCCGGCAGACGCUGAGGCGGGAUACAUGCCGUGUGCCACCACAGACACAGACCAGACCCCUCUCGACACGUUACCGCCCUCAGCAGGCGACCCCAGUUCAUUUUCCCCUUUGCUUGAGGAAAACCAAGACACUCAUUUGCAGAACGGCCACAUUGAACACUUCCAAUCAAGUGCGGUAUGAGAAGAAACUACGGCACAACCUUCGUUAGAGUUUACAAAAAUCUGAGAAGGAUCUAUUUAAAUCAAGACCAUUUUAUGAGCAUGCUUUGCCGUUGAGAACAAUCAUUUGUAUCUGUACAUACGGGCACUAAAAUAACUGUUUUUAAAGUGUUAGUUCAUCCCAAAAAAGAAAAUUGUCAUCAGCGUCACUCUAAACAUCACGGAGAGCCUUCUGGAGUUAUUUAGCCGCUUGUGCAGGCUGCUCUUUUCCAUAUAUAACAGUAGUUUCGCAUUAUAUUCCAAGCCUUUGUGAAAAUCUUGGCUUCUCAAACUCCCCGUUUAAACCCGUUACAUGUGAAAACAGCUGUGAUAUGCGGCUGUAAUAACAGCUUUGAUGACCAUUUCCUUUUUCGAGUGAACUGUGGCUUUAAGUACAGUGUAAUAAUGUACCUGCGUUUGGUGGGUCCAGGUAAGCGUUGAACAACAAUGCAACACUACAGUUACCCGUUACAACGGUCUAAUCAUUUGGUAACUGACGGUUCUGCUGCUUUAGUGAUCUGACGAGGUUUUUUAUAUCAUGUUUUGCAUAAAGGUGUUAAUGAUAGCUUUGACCUGUCGGUGUUAUUUGAACUCCAAGAUGCUAAAGAAGCAGCCAGUGCUUCGUCUCCAUUAAUGUCAUUAAAGUGACAAAAGUGAAAGUGACGUGACAUGUGUUAUGUGUAUUAACCCUUUGAUGCAUGAAUCAAGUCACAUAGGUAAAGAAAAGAAAAUCAUUCCAAAUCAUUUUUUUCUCCCAAAAUGGUAAUUUAGUUUGCUUGGUGCAUCAAUACUUUGUUGUCAUAAAUAAAAACACAUUGACAUAUCAAGAGGACAGCUGGUUUGACUUGUGUAAGGGUCAAACUGUAUAAUAACUACUAGAUAAUGGCUACUAUAGCAUCAAAGGGUUAAUGUUGGUCCAUUCUGAUGUGUUCUGUGUUCAGUGUCAUUAUUUAAGUAAAUACAAAAAGGUACAUUGUGUGUUCAAAAGACAUUUUGAACCAUUAAAUCAUCACCCAUAACUGAGUAAUGGAAAGCUCUAUGUGUAUUUGGGUCGUAUUUCAUCUUAAUAGUCUUCAAAGCAGAUUUAAUUGUUUAUGCCAAAUAUGACAUGGACAUUUCUUUAUUUAUUUUUCGUAACAUUCUAUGCUCUUAUUUUUUGAGCACCAACUACAACCAUCAUUUAAUAAAAAAUGAUGCUUCCAGUCGUAGUUUGUAUGUGACACACAUGGGAUUUCUUAUGAAGUAUUUCAAGGCAGCAUUUUCAGAACAAUUUUACAGUUUUUACUAUUAAUUUUGUAUUGUACAGAAUUAUUUUUGUGGCUAUUUGUAAAAUAUAUAAUGUAUUUGUAAAAUCUCCUCCCUUUUUAUUUUUCCAAACGACGUCUCGGAUAUGUUUUUACAAGCGAACGUGUGACCCGCAGGCCAGACAUUUUAUGGCUUCUAGUCAUUGUGAAGUCAUGUUAUCUUUGCCUCUCACAGGGGUUUGAUGGGUCUUCUGUGUUUGUUCAGUAGCUUGAACUCGAAGUAGUUCUGGUCAGUAAUAUAUAUUAUGAAGAAAUGAUGUAAUUUAACUCUAUUCCUCAUGUAGAAUACUUGUGAUAUCUCUGAUCUUGAAGGCUCAUUUGAUUGUCUUUGUUGUAUAUGUUCCACGCUACAGUAUGUUUUCAGUAUUUCCUCCUCUUGCUUUCUGUCAGUCAGAAACACGAUUCUGAGGUCUUCAGUGUGUGUGAAUGUUGUUUGAUGGUCAUGCUGUGCAGCCGUACACACAUUUUGUACAGUUUGCCUCGUGAUGAUCUUGUUUCUGUAUAAAUGGUUAUGUGACCCCU